CCUCCUCCCUCCGCCGGGCGGGCGGCCGGCUGCUCGGGCAGGGAGGGCGGGAGGCAGAGCGCGGCUGAAAGGUGUUGCUGGAGGGGAAGUUUGGAGAAGGUCGUCGGGUGCCUGGGCGCUCCGGCAGCAUCAUGGCGGAGCAGGGCGAGUCGCCGGUCCACGUCCAGCAGCCCCAGCCGGCACCCGCACCCGCCGCCCCGGCCGCCGGCUGGCCCAUCUGCAGGGACGCCUACGAGCUGCAGGAGGUGAUCGGUAGCGGUGCUACAGCAGUUGUCCAGGCAGCACUCUGCAAACCCAGGCAAGAACGUGUAGCAAUAAAGAGGAUCAACUUAGAAAAAUGCCAAACCAGUAUGGAUGAAUUGCUUAAAGAAAUUCAAGCAAUGAGUCAGUGCAAUCACCCUAAUGUGGUGACCUAUUACACAUCUUUUGUGGUGAAGGAUGAACUGUGGCUGGUUAUGAAGCUAUUAAGUGGGGGUUCAAUGCUUGAUAUAAUAAAGUAUAUUGUCAACAGAGGAGAGCACAAAAAUGGUGUGCUUGAAGAACCCAUAAUAGCAACAAUUCUUAAAGAAGUUUUGGAGGGUUUAGACUAUCUACACAGGAAUGGGCAAAUUCACAGAGAUUUGAAGGCUGGCAACAUUCUGCUGGGUGAGGAUGGCUCUGUACAAAUAGCAGAUUUUGGUGUUAGUGCAUUUUUAGCAACUGGAGGUGAUGUUACUCGUAACAAAGUAAGGAAAACAUUUGUUGGUACUCCCUGUUGGAUGGCCCCUGAAGUAAUGGAGCAGGUGCGAGGUUAUGACUUCAAGGCCGAUAUGUGGAGUUUUGGGAUAACAGCCAUUGAGUUAGCAACAGGAGCAGCACCUUAUCACAAAUACCCUCCUAUGAAAGUGUUAAUGCUAACGCUUCAAAAUGACCCUCCCACUCUAGAGACAGGUGUAGAGGACAAGGAGAUGAUGAAAAAGUAUGGCAAAUCCUUUAGAAAACUUAUCUCUUUAUGCCUUCAAAAAGAUCCUUCCAAAAGGCCCACAGCAGCAGAACUUUUAAAAUGCAAAUUUUUCCAGAAAGCCAAGAAUAGAGAAUACCUCAUUGAAAAGCUUCUCACUAGAACACCUAAUAUAGCACAAAGAGCAAAAAAGGUCAGACGAGUGCCAGGUUCCAGUGGUCACCUCCAUAAAACAGAAGAUGGGGACUGGGAAUGGAGUGAUGAUGAAAUGGAUGAGAAGAGUGAGGAAGGCAAAGCUGCUAUUUCUCAGGAAAAGUCACGAAGACUGAAAGAGGAGGAGAACGCAGAGUCUCAGCCUGCUGUCAGUGAGGAAUACAGUGAAGUUCCAUGUGCAGUGAAUCUUGUCUUAAGAUUAAGGAACUCCAGGAAAGAACUUAAUGACAUACGGUUUGAGUUUACUCCAGGCAGAGACACAGCAGAUGGCGUUUCUCAGGAGCUGUUCUCUGCAGGCCUGGUUGAUGGCCAUGAUGUAGUUAUAGUUGCUGCUAACUUACAGAAGAUAGUAGAUGAUCCAAAGGCCUUGAAAACAUUGACUUUUAAGUUGGCUUUACUGAAGAAUUAAACUGUACAGGUUUAAGUAUUGGACUGUCAGGAUGGAGCUGUCCUUUUGCAAAUAUUAGUAUUUACUCUUUUACUGAAGACUGCUUCAGUUUCUUGUUAAAAAAUUCAGCUGGUUGGUGAACUUACUUGCUGGCUGGACUCAUGAGACAUUUGCUGUGUACAGCAAGUAGUAAAAAGUGGAUUCUAUACAUGUAUAUUAGAUGCUCUUCAUGAGUGAAAAUUGUUUACUCCCAUAAAAAAGCAAAUUUGGCUCCAGUCUGGAAAGUUUUGUUUAAAGAUUUUGGGUAUUUCAAUGUCCAUUUUCCAGUAUUUUUUCUAUAAUUUUAAUAUUGACUACAAGAGUUUGCUAAAAUUAAGGAUGCAAUUGGUUGCGUGCUGACUGAGGCCACAUGAAGUGGUCUAAAACUUUCCUUCAAUCAAGCUGUUUUCUGACUGGGCUGUAUGGAGAAACUUUAUAUCCUGGCUGUCAAAUGCUCCUUUGUAGCAUGAUAUACUAAACAUUUCUGUUUGUACUUGCAGGCCUCUGGCUGUGAUGGCACUGAGAUUCCUGAUGAAGUGAAACUGAUUGGUUUUGCUCAGUUAAGUGUCAGCUGAUGUCUGUCCCUUGACCCCAAGCCGAAUUGUGAGAUUGCGGAAAAGCCAGCUUAGAUGCAAAGGAAAAUUAAUGCACCACACACUGAGUUCUGCUUCAUUAUCUAGCAAUUCACAAAGUCAGAACAAGCAAAGCCCACAGCUAUACCGCUGCUGUUAACGUUCAAAAUGCUCCUAAAUGUCUCUUAGCAGUUGAUUUGGAUUCCCCCAAAGUGAAAAGCCUGUGGAAAUGCUCUCAGGUGGCUGUAUUUAUUGGUUACAAAAAGAACUUUCUAUCGAGCUUACUUCUUUCAUAGACUUUGAAUGAUACUAUUUUACCUGUACUUGUGGUUGAUAAUACAGCCUCUAUUCUGUUACAUUUAGAAAUUAACAUACAUAUAAAAGUUUAGAAAUAUUAGCCAAACUUGAAUUCUAGUUUAAAAAAUGACUGUGAAUUUUAUUUUUCAUAUAUUUAUGCAUUACACAUACUAGUAAUAAGAAAAUUAUUUGACUUGAUUAUGUGCUAUUUGCAGUUAAUCUCCCACUAUUUAAAAAAGUUUCAGGUAUGUCUUUGAAGUAUUUGGUAACUAGGGGUUUUUUGAAGUCAUUUGAUCUGGCAUUAGCAAGCUUUUGUUGGUUGUGUGUCAGAAAACAGUCCACAAACUGAUCCUCAAGGGAGUGGGAGGUGCCUUGCAGAUAUUAAUGUUUUAAGAAUGUGCCUGAGGCUGCUUAUAUAAAUAAUCUCAAUUUUCUAGAAGUACCAUACAUAUGGUACCAUAAAUAUAAAUAUAUAUAGUUAUCUGAGCAAGGAGGGGAUAUACAGUAGCAAAGGUGUUAGAGUGCCUUGACUAUGCUUUAUUGGGGAGUCUAUGAGCUAGAGCUACUGUGAGCUGUUAAGGUAAAACGCUUACUGUGUCCAUCUCUGAUCUGACAGAAACCAGUUUCAUACAAGUGAAUAAAAACUUGAAUAGUGGAGCUGAAGCUUUAUUUGAAGUUCUACUAAAUACCAAGGUGGAGAGAAAAUAAUAGGGCUUUGUGCAAUGAUCAAGUAAAAUUCUGUUACAAAGAAAACACUUCGACCCAAGCAGUCCUCUGCUUAACCUGUGACAUAGAUGUUAUGGAGCUAGGGAACCUUAGAAAGACUUCCACGUUUGGAGACAUGUUUCUCAGAGGUUACACUUUAAACUACUUCCUAGUUAAUCCUAGAUAAGUGGCAGCUCUUUAAUGUACUGAAAAUGGCAAAUAUAUAUUGUUAAGAGAAGUUAUUUAUAAUGCCUUGUCAUAAUCGUUGAGGUGUAGAACUAUUUGCAUACGACUCAAUGUAAUCCCAUCCCAUCCUACUGUUUACAUGAUGAUUACUCCAAGAUGACUGCAAAGAUUUAAAAAAAUUAAAA